UAUUACCUGGGCUGCGGCUCCAGCUUCUAGUCAGUCCACGGCGGUCAUCUGAGUUGGAAGGUUCGACAAUGUUCCGCUUGUUGCUGAUCGUCUCACUUCUGGCUGUGUCCCAGGCGUUUUUCUUCAGUAGAUCCCCCGACUGGAACAAGCUGCAAGUGACUUUCGGAAUCAACAUAUUCAGUUCGGGGACAUUCUCACAUGUCCCGAGAACAGAGCUGGCCGCCAGGACCAAGGGGUACACCCAGCUGUCCGGGUGCGGAGCAAUUCCUAUGUUUGCUGGCAAGCGUUAUGCUAAAAAUGGCGACUUCGCAGUCAUCCUCAUCUUCGACGUGAACGGCUUCAUCGCAGGGAUUCAAACAGGGUUCCCCAUCAAUCAACCGAAUGGGUACCCCCAUAACCCCCUGCAGAACCACCCCUUCGUGGAGCACGACAAUCACCAGUUCAUCACCGCUUACUUCAUGGACCCCAACAGGAUAUGCAGCACGGGACGGACCUCGAGCCAGUAUUCCGAGGAGGGGACGGGUACACGGCUGCUGGUCCAGAACGGCACCAUCCCCGGGGAGUACAUCACUAUACCAAUGACCGAGUCAGAACUUCUCAGAACACCUUGGACAAGGGGACGCUGCUUCCCAUGGAUGGGAGUUCACUACUGGUAUGACAUUUCGUUGAACAUGGACUGUGACCGCUUCUUCCCAGUGUUUCUCAUGUACAAUGGUGGCAAGCUCAACUCUUUUGGCUGGGCGUUUAACGCCAAUCUGUCGUCGCGUCGUUUUGAACAUCCUCCUGAAUCACAGUUUGGGCGUUUCCUGAACCCUGUUCCACGCUGUCUGUCCGGACUCGGCCGGAUGUCCACACUCCACAUCUAUAUGUCCAACCCUCUACGUAACUUCUGCUAAGCCGAGUCAGUAUGGAUAGCAAGUUCGGCAGUACUCGUCCCUUUCCGAGAUUUAACGUGGACUCUCGAGUUUGUGUCACACUGGUGUUUUCUGGUUUGCUGGUUGUUGCGUUUUGGAUCCUCGAGUGGUGAAAACUGUUUUUUCUUGUUUUGUUUUUUAACAGUUGUUUUACGCUGAAACUGUAAAUGGAUCUUAUCGCUUUACAUUUGUUGAGUGAUGAGUGAGUGAGUAAGUGAGUAAGUGAGUGAGUAUGGUACUACUCCAGCAAUAUUCCAGCAAUAUCACGGCGGAUGUAUUUUUCUAAACUUGUUAAAGUUAUUAAAUACAAUUACGCAUGUUA